AUAAACCCAUAGAUUUAGCAGUCGGUUCAGUGGGCUAAUAAAUAAUCCAUAGGCCUAACUGUUCGAUUAUUGUCCCGAAUUUAUUGUGUUUUUUUGUCUAUUUUGUUUUGCUCGACAUCAAGGGUUAACGUUGCCUGUGAUGCCAUAUGCUGUUGGUUGAGAGGAGAGGAGAGGAGUGGAGCGAGCGAGAGAGAAGGCAUCAGUUCGCUACGCUCGCAAGGGUAUCAGAAGCGAAAACAGAACGUGGACACAAUGGAUUCUAUAAAAGACGGAUCGUAACUUGAACCAACCUCUGUGAAACACUGAACAAGGGGGAGGAAGACAGAAGACAGAGGAGCUAUGCUGUUACUGCCAAGUCUCAGUGGCUCAGUUUGAUUAACCAUGAUGAAGACUGAACCCCCAUCGGCGGGCAGUGCCAGCUCCACCCUCCGGAGCCCGUCCCCCCACAGAAACGCCUAUGAGGCGGGCAUCCAGGCUCUGAAGCAGGCCCAUGACGCCCUGAACAACGCCGCCAAUGGAGACGAUGCUGCUAAGGACGGCAAGCCGCCACGGCCUCCCGGCAGGGGCCGCCGCCAGUACGGCUCCAAUGUCCACCGCAUCAAGAACAUGUUCAUGCAGAUGCAGUCGCCGGGCGACGAGGAUGACCCGUCCAAGGCCAAUGACCAGGCGGUGCGGCUGUCCCUGCCCAGGGCCAGCAGCCUCAACGAGGACGUGAACCACAGCGCCCUGCUCAAGCUGGGUGCCACAGUCUCCGAGCGUGUCAACCGCUUCGACCCCAAGGGCGGCGAAGUCGGCGGGUCCCGAGGGGCCUCAGCAGGAUACUCCAAGCUGCAGGAGACGAGGAAGAUCUUUGAGCAGCGCCAGCUACAGGAGAAGCAGUCCGCCACCAACCGCAUCCUGCUCAAGAAGGAGCGUCCGGUUUCGUCCGCGGUCCAGGACAGCCGACUGGACGUGGUAGUGCGCUUCAACGGCAGCACUGAGUCUCUGGACUGCCUGGAUACGGUAGGGGGAGCCGGUGAGGCAGUGUCGCCUACCGUAAGCCAGCUUAGCGCCGUCUUUGAGAAGGCCGACGUGAGGAACAACCUGCACCGGCCCUCCUCCACGUCCCCGCUGCCCUCCCGAGGAGAAAGCCCCACUCCGGCGAAAACAGCAGAAUGCCUCAACUCCAAAAUCAUCGACAGGAAGGUGCAAGUCUUGCCCCCAGGCAAUCAGGAGGAUGGGAGCAGUCAACUCUUGGACCAGGAGUGUUCCCCCAGAAGCCCCAAGAACAGAGCAGCUCCCCGAAAUGAUGAAGGCUCCUCAGGAAGUCCACGAACAGGGGACAGGACCUCUUCUGCUUCUACCGAAACCAAGCCUGAGAGGGAGAGAGGGAAGGAAGCCAGGGGCUCAAGUACCGGAGGCGAGCCUGGCAGGGAACCCAUACCCGGGGACCAGGAUGACUCCUCCGCACCCGAGGCAGGGAGCCGGCUGGUGCAGGCCGAGGUCCACGCCUCACUGGAAAAUGGAGAGGACCCUGGGGGCCCCAACGACAUGGCAGGGAGGCAGGAGGGAGAGAGGGGCCACAGGGAGGAGCCAGUGGAGGGGCCCCAUUGUGAGGGACAGGAAGAGGAUGGCCUGGAGGAGGAGUCUCGUAAGGAGGAUUACUCGGAGGGCGACCUGGUGGACAUCAGCGCGUACAGCGGCAUCGGAGAGGACUCCGGCGGCAGCCAGCUGGAUGAGGAUGAGGAGGAGGAAGAUGAGCCCUACGAGCCAGAGUCGAGCUGCUCUGAGAUCCCGGGACUGCCUGCCGAGGAGGAAGCACUGCCGGAGAACAGGAAGAUCUGCUUUAGCACUGGACCAAUAAAGGUGUUCACCACGUACUCCAAUGAGGACUACGACCGGCGUAACGAUGACGUGGACCCCAUGGCGGCGUCGGCUGAGUACGAGCUGGAGAAGAGGGUGGAGAGACUGGACCUCUUCCCUGUGGAAUUGGAGAAAGAUGGGGACGGUCUGGGGAUCAGCAUCAUCGGCAUGGGUGCCGGGGCGGACAUGGGUCUGGAGAAACUGGGCAUCUUCGUCAAGACGGUCACUGAUGGAGGAGCUGCACACCGAGAUGAAAGGAUCCAGGUGAAUGACCUGAUCGUGGAGGUGGACGGGACCAGUCUGGUGGGCGUGACCCAGGCCUUUGCUGCCUCCGUCCUCAGGAACACCACCGGCACUGUCAAGUUCAUGAUUGGCCGAGAGAAGCCAGGUGAGCAGAGUGAGGUGGCCCAGCUGAUCCAGCAGACCCUGGAGCAGGAGCGCUGGCAGAAAGAGAUGAUGGAGCAGCGCUACAGCCAGUACAUGGAGGAGGACGAGGAGACAGGUGAGUAUGCCACGGACGAGGAGGAGGAGAUGAGCCCCAUGUUCCCCAACGCCAUAGAGGUGUUUGACCUGGCGGAGAAUGAGGACAUGCUCUCCCCCAUGGAGAUGGACCCUGAGAAACUGGCCCACAAGUUCAAAGAGCUUCAGAUAAAGCAUGCCGUCACCCAGGCUGAGAUUCAACAGCUGAAGAGAAAGCUGGCGCAUGCAGAGCAGGACAAGCUGCGCUGGCGCAUGGAGCGUGCCCAGCUGGAACAGAGCGUUCGGGAGAACAAGGAACGCAUGGAGAAGCUGGAGGGCUACUGGAUGGAGGCCCAGAGUCUGUGUCAGGCGGUGGACGAACACCUGAAGGAGACACAGGCCCAGUACCAGACCCUGGAGCGCAAGUACAGCAAGGCCAAGCGCCUCAUCAAGGAAUACCAGCAGAAGGAGAUUGAGUAUCUGAAGAAGGAGACGGCUCAGCGCAGAGCCCAAGAGGAGACAGAGGCCACUCAUAAGGAAGAGGCAGACAACCUCCAGGAUAAGAUCACAGACCUGGAGACCAAGGUGGAUGCUCUGAAGACAUCUGAUCCCUCCUAAACCUCUGGCAGAGAGAGGGAAAGGAGGAACAAUGCCUUCACACUGGGGCCAUCCUUUUUCGAAUCCACGUUUUCCCUGACGGAUAGUAAGAACGACAAAAGAAGAAGAAAAAUAAUGGAGAAAGAAAGACUUUAGGGGCAGCAGUUUGAAGGGGUGGGGGGGGGGGGUUGUUUAAAAGACACCUGCAAGGGAAAAUUGAAGAAGAAAUGUGUGUUUUCAACUAAUGUCUGUCAUUUGCUUCGAGCCGCGUCAACAAUACCUGGAGUCCUUGUUGCAUCGAACCACAUUCAACUAGUUGACUACCCAACUGAUCAAUCUGUGAAGAAGGUUGCUUGUCUUCUAUGCGCUUCUUUCUGUCUUAUCACUUGUAAAAUAACUAACCAGGAAAUACAGCCCCUACUGACUUAACGCUUCUAAACUAGACUUACUGGUUCAAUAAUAAAUCAACUGGAUAUGGGAAACAGAAUUGGACAAAAGAAACUGAUAUGAUGACAGAGACUCCUCAAAUACUGGUAUAGCCUACUGGUGACAGACAGUGCUUCUGCUGUAUGGCAUGAUCUCUCUUGAUUUCUACUAACUGAACAAAAGAAAAUGGCCGCUUCCCCUUUUUGCUCGACUGCUCCCCUUGUAUGAUGGAAAGACUCAGGUUGGGUUCAAAUUCAUUUGUACAGUGAUGAUAUGCUUGUUUUGUAUAUAUUCUUUACAUAUAUUUAAAAUUGCUUAAAAAGCUUAAGCAAUGUGGCUGGGUUGGGAGUGGGAGGGCGUUGAAUGGAAUCGACGUAAGCAUCGAGAACACUGGGUAUACAGAAGAUGGUCUAAUUCCAUGUGGAUAUAGGCCACGCAAAGUGGCACAUUUUCCUUUUCUAUUAGCAAAAUGGCAAACAGGGUGUGAAUAUGUGCAAGCUUAACAGUUCAAUGUGUUACUUGUGGUUUUACUUGCGUAUGUCUCACCUUGGGUUCUGAUAACUCAGUGUCAGUAUUAUUUGACUUUGUGCUUCACUCUAUAUGAAUUUCAGAAUCUGGGUUUUUCCUGCCCCAACCAGUAAGGUCUUACUCACGCUCUCACAUUUGCAUCUGGAAUCACUGCUAAUUUAGCAAAGGGGGUUAGAUAUAGCCCCCCUUCGGAUUUGGGGACUGGAUGUCAAUCUUUGUGUGAUGUUGGGGUAACUAGAACCAUGGGAUAAUGUUGAUGUUACAUAGCAGCUUUAUGAAAGAGAGCGAGAUCGACGGAGGCAGGGGGGGAAUGCUCCAGCAUGCCUCAAUAGUCUCAAGUGGCUUCCUAUCUCCUUGUCCCCUUUCCUUCAUUUCAUCUGAUCUGAAAAACACAGGGAAGGUAAAAGCAAAGCAGUGUGUCUGAUCUGAUUCCUACACUGGACAGGUGACAAGAGGUCCUCUGGUAUCUCAGGUCAGUGCAGAUGAAGGAGACGGGAGGAGGAGGAGGCCACUGUGGACUACUGAGGUGCAGUAAAAGGUCUUUGUCUGUCGACACGAUGCUCUCGCUUGAAUCUCCAUUAAUACCAGUCAGCUGCCUUGCUCCCUCUGUGCUGCUCAUGUUUGUCAACAGUCUCCUGUUUCAGGGCUUUACGUUUUCAGUCGUGCGUGUCUUCUUAUCCAAGACUAGGCAUUUGGAACUUCCUGUCAUAACUUACUUCUCUGUCCCCUAGUAGCACAAACGGGUCAGACUCAUUUUCCCCCAGUAUGUAUUAAUUUUUUAUCUUAAAAAUUGCCCUAUUAUUAAUUUAAUCUUGUAUCAUUUUAUUUGUGUUUUAAUGUCAAAUGUAUAUUAUUUUAACUGAAAACAGAUGUAUUUGACAGUUUUCAUGGGCCCAAUGUUACAUUAUAUCUGUUAUGUGGCAGUACUGCUCUAAACCAGGAGGUGUCACUCUUUCUGUGAGUUUGAUUGAGAGAAGGAAUACUAGGUCAUGAGGUAGUGGCUAAUUCCUGGUGUACCAUCUGGAAUAAACUGACACGUUUUCUGA